AUGGCAUCAAUAGCUACGUCGAUGCAGCGAGCUCAUGCACCAGUUCGCCGCGCAUUCGCGUGCUCGACUCACGCGAUCCGGACACUCGCCACCAUCCCUGAUGCCCCUCCGAGCGCCAAACCGAAACGAAAGACGUACUUUAAAGAUGCAAACAUUGCUUCGUUCAACGACUUUGUCGGCGCAUCCGAUGAGUCUCUGUCGCAGUCGGAAGCCUUUGCACUGCGCACCGCCCAAGUCGGUCCCGAGGGCAAGAAGAAGACUAUCACCCGCCUCCCCGAGUGGCUCAAGACGCCCAUACCUGCCGGAAACGACAACUUCAAGGCGAUCAAGAAAGACCUCAGGGGACUAGGCCUGCACACGGUCUGUGAAGAGGCCAAAUGUCCCAACAUUUCCGAGUGCUGGGGUGGCAGCGACAAGAGCGCCGCGACGGCGACGAUUAUGUUGAUGGGAGACACAUGCACACGAGGCUGCCGUUUCUGCAGCGUCAAGACUUCGCGGGCACCACCUCCACUCGACCCGCACGAGCCAGAGCACACGGCUGAGGCACUGGCACGAUGGGGACUAGGGUACGUUGUCCUGACGAGCGUUGACCGAGACGACCUUGUCGACGGAGGAUCGCGACAUUUCGCCGAGACAAUCCGCAAAAUCAAGCAGAAGAAGCCGAGUCUACUUGUCGAAGCCCUGACGGGUGAUUUCAGGGGAGAUCUGGAACAGGUGGCGGUCAUGGCGGAGAGUGGAUUGGACGUCUAUGCGCACAACGUUGAAACGGUGGAGGCGCUCACUCCUUACGUCAGAGACCGCAGGGCAACAUUCAGGCAGAGCCUGGACGUGCUUAGGCAUGCGAAGGAGGUCAGGGGUCAAGAGGGCAUCAUCACCAAGACCAGCCUGAUGCUGGGCUUGGGAGAACAAGAAAAGGAAGUCAUGGACGCGCUGACUGAACUACGCAAAGCCAACGUUGACGUUGUUACGUUUGGCCAGUACAUGAGGCCGACGAAGCGCCACCUCAAAGUGGAGAAGUACGUUACGCCUGAUGAGUUCGAAAUGUGGCGCCAACGAGCCAUCGACAUGGGCUUUCUCUACUGCGCCAGUGGCCCUCUUGUCCGCUCCUCAUACAAAGCUGGCGAAGCGUUCAUUGAGAACGUGCUCAAGCAGAGGGCCGGCAACAAGGCCCCCUCAGGAACCACCAUCAACCACGCCCAAGCGGCCGAUAGCAUCACUGCGCCCUGA